UUCCUCAUGCACAUUGUAGUGCACCUGCUUUCCACCAAGGUAAUCUCUCGCUAUCGCAUGAUCAGGUAGGAUCAGAGGCUAAGGUGAUUCUUGGAUUCUGACACAGCUUGAGUUAAAAAGAAGCAAUUUUCAGCAUGGCAUUCCCGGCACCAGCUCCUAGAAAGAUAUAUGAGCAGAGAUCUAUGUUAACUAAACUGCCUCUUUACUAUGAAGGCUUUCUGUGGAUUAAGCGUUCCAAGUCCAAGGAAAUAAAGUAUUGGACUGAACUACGAGGAACAAAGUUUUUCCUUUAUAGUGAUAAAAGAGAUGAAAUUUACACUGAUGAAAUUGACCUCCAAAGUUUGGUAUCCGUGGAAGACAAGCCCUCAGUGAUUAAACAGUGGGCAGAAGUCAUUCUGACCUUGGCGAAUGAGGAAGUUCACAUAAAGACAGAACUUGCUGAAGAUGCUGAAUUUUGGAAAGGAUUUAUUCUCACUGUGGUUGAGCUAUCAGUUCCAAAAUGCUUGAACCUGUUGCCUGGACAAUUAAUCAGACUACAGGAAGUGCUAGAAAAACAGAGACAUUUGAGAACAGCUUAUGAAGACCUAGGAUCUCCAUUACAUUCUCCAGAUGCCUCAUCUGAAAGCUAUCAGGAUGUGAUCCCGAUGCCAUUGUGCUUUCAUAAUGUGUCCCGUACAGAAGCUGCAGACAUGCUCUUGAAGAUGAGGAGCAAUGGCAACCUUAUCCUGAGGCCUGGUGCAGACAGCAAGAACUAUGCUGUGACUAUUUGUGAACCUACAGCAAAUGGUCAGGUUAAGCAUUACAAGAUACUAACCACAGAACAAGGCUACACUAUUGAAUUGGAUAAUCCUGUCACUUUGAGAAGCCUCCAUGAUGUUGUAGAGCAUUUUGUGAAGGAAACAAGUCACAAGCUGAAACCAUUUGUCUCAUAUGGAUAUGAAACAAAACUUGCUACUGAUGUGAACAAGGUCCAGAAGACAUUUCCUGAGACCACUGUGAGACCAGUAGUCUCAACAACAACAUCACAAGGAGCAAAUACACUAUUUCGACGGCUAAAAGAGAACUCCUACAUAAAUGUGCCUACUUGGAAGGUGAAGAUGUAGAAAAACAGACGGUCACUAUAUUUUGUUAACUUGUUCUGGUAUGACUCCCACAGAGACCUGAUCUCAACAUCAUUGAGUCGGCUUGGGAUUGCAUGAAGAGAGAGAAGCGACUGAGGGAGCCUAACUCAACAGGAGAACUGUGGUUAGUUCUCCAAGAAGUUUGGAACAACCUACCUGCCGAGUUCAUUAAAUAAACUAUGUGGAAGUGUACCUAGAAGAAAUGAUGAUUUGAUUUAGAUUUUUCUUUUGUUUACUCACUUUGCAUUUUGUUAAAUUAUAAAAAAUAAACUAUUAACAAGUC